AAAAAUUAAGUAAAGAGUAAUUAUGGUUAAAGCCGUUAGAAAUAGACAAUUUAAUAAAAUUCUGUGACUUUGUACAAAUUCUUGCUAACAGAUAUAAAUGAUAUUAUAUACAUCAAUGAUAAACAAAGGCGCAAAUAAAAUGGCAAAAUUAUUAAAAAAUAGUAAAUAAAUGCAGUACAUUUCAUGUCUGUUCUAAAGAUUUAUCAUGUUGAUAACAAUGAUGAUACUUAUGAUAAGGUGACGCGAAGUAUACUAGUUAAGUUGGUAACACUUGCGUAAGCGAUGACGAACAGAACGCUAUAUUAGAAAGGUUGCCUCAGUGCAACAGUAGUCGACUGUCGGCUUCCGACGGGUAACGUUGUGCGACGGUAUUCUUUUCUUAUUAAUAGCAUCACAAAUAGAAACAUUUGAGAAGUAAACAGUUUAUGAAAAAUUGCAAAAACUGAUUUCAGUUUUCACAAAACUACAUACUGUACAUUAGUAAUCGGUGACCCAUUAUAUACUAAUAUGAUAUAUAUAAUCGUCUUAUCGGUGACAGUAGGUGCUCUAAGCUUGUAUUACUACAUUUUCAAAGAUUUAAAUUAUUUUCAAAAACAUGGCAUACCACAUAAGCCGUCCCUUCCGCUGUUGGGAAAUAUGGGACCAUCGAUUUUCCGUCAGCAAUCGAUGGGCGAACUUGUCAGGGAAACUUAUAAUCUAAAUCAUGAAGCCAAGUACGUUGGAUUUUUUGAUAUGACUCUUCCAAUUGUAAUGAUUCGCGAUCCCGAGCUUAUUAAAUCCAUCACAUUGAAACACUUCGACAUGUUCAUGGAACACUAUAAUGUCGUGGAUGAAAAUGUAGAGCCAUUAUUCGGCAAAAAUCUUUUCGCUCUUCGCGGAGAGAAAUGGCGGCAGGUACGAUCUUUAUUGAGUCCAGCAUUUACGGGAAGCAAAAUGAAAAGCAUGUUUAAGCUUAUGUCAGACUGUGGCACCGACUUCAGCAAUUACUCGGCGCAAUUGCCACCGGAGAAAAGGAUAAUGCAAACGAAAGACGCUUUCACCAGGUAUACUAACGACGUGAUUGCUACUUGCGCUUUCGGCAUCAGUGUUGAUUCCAUGAAAAACCCGGAGAAUGAGUUCUAUGUAUACGGCAGAGAAGCGACUACUUUUAACACUGCUGCAUUAAUAAAGCUAUACAUGUUUAGAUUCUUUCCUUGGUUGGCACGAUUGAUCAACUUGAAACUUGUUCAUAAGCAGAAAGCAGAUUUCUUUCGAAACCUUAUAGAAACCACCAUAAAAACCAGAGAUGCGAAUAGUAUCGUUCGCCCUGAUAUGUUACAACUGAUGAUGGAAAACAAAGGUAAAGAGGGCAAGACAGAAUUGACUGUCGAUGAUAUGGUAGCACAGGCGUUCAGCUUUUUUUUUGGUGGCUUCGAUACUACUUCAACGUUAAUGUGUUUUGCUGCUCAUGAAAUCGCGGUAAACCGAGAUAUACAAGAGAAGCUACAAAAAGAAGUUGAUCAAGUCUUGGAAAAAACAAAUGGACAACUAUCUUACGAAACUAUUAACGGCAUGGAAUAUUUGGAUGCUGUAAUCAACGAAGCUCUAAGAAUGUAUCCGGUUGCCGUAAUAACGGACAGAGUAUGCGGAAAAGAUUUCGAGCUACCGCCGGCGUUACCAGGAAUGAAAACAUUUACUAUAAAGAAAGAUCAAUGCAUAUGGAUACCAACUUACGGACUUCAUCAUGAUUCUAAAUACUUCAAAGAUCCGGAAAAGUUUGAUCCGGAACGGUUUCUCGGUGAGCGGAAAAAAGAGAGUCUUAAUUGUGGGGGCUACAUUCCUUUCGGUCUUGGUCCCAGAAUGUGCAUAGGUAAUAGAUUCGCUUUGCUGGAGACAAAGGUCCUCUUUUUCCAUUUACUAUCUCGUUGCGAUUUGAAAACCUGUGAGAAGACGCCAAUGCCACUCAAGCUCGCUAAGGGUAGUUUUACUAUGACGCCUGAAGGUGGUUUCUGGCUAAAGAUGGUACCAAGAGAAAGUGUACAUCACACUGUUGCAUUUAAUCUUAGCAGUCGAACGCAUCAAAUAUCAAGCAAUGAAACCAAAACAUACAUAUAUAUCAAAAUGAUAUAUAUAAUCGCUUUGUCAGUGAUAGCAGGUGCUCUAGGAAUUUAUUAUUACGUCUUCAAAGAUGUAAAUUAUUUUAAAAAACAUGGCAUACCACAUAAGCGGCCUCUUCCUCUACUGGGAAACAUGGGACCAUCGAUUUAUCGCUUGCAGUCGGUAGCUGAAUUUGUCAAGGAAAUUUAUAAUCUAAAUCAUGAAACCAAGUACCACGGUUUUUUUUAUGUAACUGUUCCAGUUAUAAUGGUACGCGAUCCUGAGCUUAUUAAAUCCAUCACGUUGAAACACUUUGAAAAUUUUAUGGACCACGGUAGUUCCGUGGAUGAAAAUAUAGAGCCAUUAUUUGGCAAAAAUCUUUUCUCCCUUCGCGGAGAAAAAUGGCGACAGGUACGAUCUUUUCCAGCAUUUACGGGAAGCAAAAUGAAAAGAAUGUUUAAGCUAAUGUCAGAUGGUGCCGACUUUAGCAAUUUUUUGGCACGAUUGCCACCGGAAAAGAGGAUAUUGCAAACGAAAGAUGUCUUUACCAGUACUAACGACGUGAUUGCUACUUGCGCUUUCGGCGUCAAUGUUGAUUCCAUGAAAAAUCCAAAGAACGAGUUUUAUGUGUACGGCAAAGAAGCGACGUUUUCAACAUUGUUUCCUUUAUAUGUUAUAUAUAUAUAUAGAAGCGUGCCUUGGUUAGCACGGUUGACCAACUUGAAACUUGUCCGUAAGCAGAUAGCAGAUUUCUUCCGAAAUCUCAUAGAAACCACCAUAGAAAUCAGAGAUGCGAAUGGUAUCGUUCGCCCUGAUAUGUUGCAAUUAAUGAUGGAAAGUAGGGGUAAAAAAGGCAAGGCCGAAUUGACUGUUGAUGAUAUGGUAGCACAGGCAUUUAGCUUUUUUUUUGGUGGCUUCGAUAGUACUUCAACAUUAAUGUGUUUUGUUGCUCACGAAAUUGCGGUAAACCAAGAUAUACAAGAAAAACUACAAAAAGAAAUUGAUCAGGUCUUGGAAAAAACGAAUGGACAAGUAUCUUACGAAGCUGUUAAUGGCAUGGAGUAUUUGGAUGCUGUACUGGACGAAGCUCUCAGAAUGUAUCCGGUUGCCGUAGCAUUGGACCGAUUAUGCGUAAAAGAUUUUGAGUUGCCGCCAGCGUUACCAGGAUUGAAACCAUUUACUAUUAAGAAAGAUCAAGGCAUAUGGAUACCGACUUAUGGACUUUAGCAUGAUCCUAAAUACUUCGAAGAUCCGGAAAGGUUUGAUCCUGAACGGUUUCUUGGUGAACGAAAAAAGGAGAGUCUUAAUUGCGGGGGCUACGUUCCUUUCGGUCUUGGUCCCAGAAUGUGCAUAGGUAACAGAUUUGCGUUGCUGGAAAUAAAGGUCCUACUUUUCCAUUUACUGGCCCGUUGCGAUUUGAAAACCUGUAAGAAGACGCCAAUGCCACUCAAGAUCGCUAAGGACGGAUUCAAUAUGAAUCCUGAAAGUGAUUUCUGGUUGGAGGUGGUACCAAGAAAAAAUAUACAUCACACUAUUGCAGUUAAUGUUCGUAAAAAUUUUAAUUUUCUAUAAUUUUUAAAAAAUUAGGAAUAAAAGAGUUGAUUUAAUUUAGAAGGAUAAUUCUGGUUAUUUUCUUCAUUAAUAAAUGUUAACAGUCUUUAGAUGAUAUUGAGCUGAAAAAAUAUAAUUUAUUAUUCACAAAAUUGUUUAAGUUUUUAAAAUUUAUGAAAAGUUUAUAUUUCAAUAAAGAUUUGAUGUACAAGCAUGUUUUUGAUAUAAUAAAGUAGUAUUUAUAAAAAUGAGAGGCAGUUCAAAAUUCAGUUAUAUGUUACUAUAUUAUGUAAUGUUAUGUAUAUUUCAGAUAAUGUGUAAAUAAUGGAACUAAAAUAUGAAACAGGACAUUUCGGCGACAUCCUUAAUUAUUUGCUAAGAAGAUGCUCAUGUUGCUUCAAGUUCAAGAAAUAAGAAUGUUCCUGCAUUAGAAUAUUCAAACAUUAAAAAUAUUUCUGAUAUAUUAAACAAGGUUUUAUUAUGUUUUGAAAUUUCUCUGAAAGCGCCAAAAGAUAUGAAACAAAAUUUGAUUGAACGUUAUUUCUUAUCCUGUAAUAUUACCGUUCAAUUUAUAACGCUUUUUGUUGUGAUGUAGAUAAUUAUAUAAUUAUCGCUGACAAAAUAAUCGUUUAUAAACUUCUAUUGUCUCUUUAAUUUCUUAACAAAAUAUUUUUAUAAUUGUUUAUAUAAAGCUGUGUUAACCAGAAGCCAAUGCGUUAUUAAAAAUAAUUUUGAUAAUCAAUUAUAUAGCUUUGAUAAAAAACAAAAUCUAUUUGCACUUAUAUCAAAAUACAAAAAUAUUAUUUGGAAAUAAUGAAAUUAAAAUAAAAGUCCUAUAAAGAUUAAUUAUACGAUAUUACUUUAUCACAGAAUAUUACAAUAUUUUAACUAUUGUACAUACUAUAUAUGUAUGUGUGUGUGUGUGUGUGUGUGUAUAUUAAUAUCUGAAAACUUAAUCUAGUUAUGCUGCUCAAUUAACUGUAUCACUUAACACAAAGGAAGAAACAUUAUUUUUCUCAGCAAUCGUUUAUUGUUCUAUAUUGUCCAAUUGCUUAAAUUGUCCGAGUACUAAUCAAUGUUGCUGUUUUCUGUACUUAUUGUUAAGAUGGUAAAACAAUCCGUAAAUUAAUCCGAACUGUGUUUAUACCGCUAGUGCAUCGAACAAUUUGUCUUUGAACAACGUUACAUUUAACUUUAUGUCUUUUUUCCAUAGUAUCUUUUUUCCAUAAGUAUCUUUAUUUUCUGCCAAGUGGUCCAUCAAUCCGAUAACUUCAUUAACAUUAAUAUAUUUAUUAAUUUAAAAAAAAUGAAUGAUGUCUGAAGCUAGAUUAAUUCUUCAUAAGUGCACAAAAGGCUAUUAUUUUGCAACAAACCGCAUUUCGCGUUUACACUUGGAGUCCUUCUCUCAUCAGUUUCUCAAUUGUCAGUUUUAAUAAUAUUCUCAUAUUAAAAAUAUUUUUUGUACAGUAAAGGUAAAGUUGUUAUUAUUUUCUGUUAAAAAUACGAUAAGAAAAGAAUAAUCACGCAUUAUUUAAUGUGAUGUCGAUCGAUCUGUAACAUGUCACAUGAAUUUCAAUCUAAUAUAUCAAGAAAUACCGUUACUCAUACGUCUGUUGAAUAUUGAAUUAAUGAAUGUUCAUAUUAAACAAUUCUUUAUAAACCUUGUCGUUUAUACUAUAAAGAUCAGAGAAGAAAAAGAUAUUACUCGUCCAGAUACGAUUCAGCUGAUGAACAGCAGAGAUACAAGAGAGCCCAGGAAAGAAUUGACCAUUUUGAACAUGACAUCGCAAGCGUUUAUUUUUCUUCUCGCUUGUCUCGAGACCAGCUGAUCGCUGAUAAAUUUCACGACGCAAGAAAUUGCCAUUAAUCCAGAUAUCCAGGAAAGGUUGCAAAAUAAAAUUGACAAGAUUUUGAUAAGGCACAAACGGUUUAUCCGCCAAUCAAGAAAAUAAAAUAUUUGAAUACAAUUAUCAAUGAGAUUUUCAGAAAAUAUCUGGUGCAAUCAAUGACGGAUAGAUUAUGCGUAAAAGAUUUCAAGCUGUUUUACGCAGUGCUAGACGCAAAGCGGUAUCUUGUGAAAGAAGACACGUUUUUCUAGAUUCCAUUUAUUUCAACAAUACAAAAUACAUUCCAAAAUCAGAUAAAUUUAAGCUUGAGAGAUUCCUUAACAAAGAAAAUUAAUGUAAUUGGAACUCUUAUCAUCCAUUUUGAUUAGGCCUAGAAUAUGUAUCGGUUAUUUCAGCUUUUAGCUCGUUGCUAUUUCAAAACCGUGCAAGAAGACUUCGACAUCUGUAAAACUGCAGAAAAGCGGAUUCGAAAUGUGGCGCAAUUUUUAGUUGAGUGUGGUACCCGAAGAAAACUAACAUCCUACGAUUAUAAAAGCAAAUCUGUCGUGUCAAUUCUAUAAUAGAUUCCAAAAUAAUCCAAGCAUUUAAAUAGUAGGAGUAUUCAAAAUAUGACAAUCUAAGAAUAUAUAAAGAUAUUAUAUUUUAUGUAUUGUAAUGUAGACAAAAUUAUUAUAACAUAAUUAUAUGGGUUCUUUGAAUCCGGAAGUCUUGAAACCUUUGUUUAAGUACAUAUUUUCAGAAAAGACAUAAAACGUGAUAAAUUUUAAUGAAAAGCGGAAAUUAUUAAAUGAAUAUCUAUUCCUGCUAACAAAACAAAGAAAUCGAAAAAAAAUAAAAAAAAUAAUUUAAGUAUGUUAAUGUUUUAGCUAUUCCUAUUUCUCAUUGUUUACACAUUUUUUGCAGCUAACAACAUAAUACAAACAUUUUUUUCAUUGGUAAUUCACUCUUCUUUUUAAUAUUGGUAAAUAUUGAAGAGAAUGUUUAACAAAAAGUGAGAAAAAGUGUUUUAAUUAUGUUGUGUUAACUGCAAAAAGUGUAUAAACAAUAGAAAAUAGAAAUAGAUAAAGCAUUUGCGCACUCAAGCAAGUUUUUUGACUUUUUCAAUUUUUUAGCAGGGGUAGAUGUUUAUUCAAAAAUUUUCUCUUGUCACAAAAAUUCAUCUUUUUUUUGCCUUUUCCGAAAAUACAAGAACGAUAGAGAGUAAAAAAAUCACUGCAUUCUACUGUAUAUAAGUAAUUAUAAAAACGCCUAAUUAUUCUUAAAUAAUAAUGUAAAAAUAUUGCAGCAUGAAGUUUAUUAUAUUACACAUUCAGCAUGUAACAUUUUAAAUAAAAAAUUGAGCAAUUUUUUAAAUAAUAGUAAAAUAUUUAUACCUCAAACUUAGAUUUGUUUAAUUUGUGACAGAUAUUAUUUAGAAAUUUUAUUUUGAUAAAAUUCCUGCGUUACGACGUAUUACCUUAACGAAAUAUUGCAGAAUUUU